CGCAGACUGUACAAAUACCUAGGCUCAAUAUGAAGUGGUUUGGCGUUUGUUUUUCAAUAAUACUAUUAACCAUCUCAUACUCCUGCCAAGAAUAUCAAACAAAACCAAAGGAUAACAACCAAUCACUUUCAUCAUGGCGAAAUCGACAUGGACACCUGGAAAAAGAUUUUCAAAGAGAAUUUCAAUUAUGGAAACAAACUGGCGUAAAAACAAGUCGUUUCAUGGAAAUUAUUGAUGCAUGGAAAUUCACCAAAGAGGAUAGACGCUUUUUAACACGACCUCAGGGUAUUCCAAUUCAGAAAGAGGAAGCAUUCUGUGUCGUAUGUAGAUCGAUUGUUUCGCAAUUGAUCCAAAAACGCGUUGAUGGAGCUUCUCGGGAGGAACUUUUUGAAACGACUUAUGAGAUCUGUACGCUAUUGCAGAUUCAGGAACCAGAUAUCUGUUACGGAGCUAUUGAUGUGAAUAUUGAUUUCUUCAUUCACAUUUUUGAUGAUCGCCCAACUCUGAGUGCGGACAGUGUUUGUGGAGUACUUUUCGAAAAUUCUGCAUGUGAAAUAAGUGAUCCUACAAUUAAACAGUGGUCUGUGAAUAUAGAUUCUGCUGGAAAACCAAUUACUGAAUCAAAACAUUUUCCAAACGCAAGAGGUCCAAACGAUAUCAAAAUAUUGCAAGUUACCGAUCUUCACUACGACUCCAACUACCGCAUGGACCACAAUGCAAACUGUGGUAGACCUGUUUGCUGUCGUAGCGAUUUAGGUAUUCCUGAUAGUCUCGAAGAUCGUGCAGGUCGAUGGGGAGAUUACCGAGACUGUGACACACCUUGGGACACUGUCGAAGAAGUGAUCAAUCAUAUGGCGGAAAAUCAUCCUGAUGCCGCAUACAUCUACCAUACUGGAGACAUCAUUGACCACGGAGUAUGGGAGACCUCAAUCGCUCAUAACAUCCGUUCCAUGAACCAGGUGCAUAACAAAUUGUUAGAAGCUUUUCCAGAUAAAACUGUAUUGAACAUCAUUGGAAACCAUGAAGCUCACCCGACGAAUGUUUUUGCACCGAGCGGAGCGGACAGACCAGAUCUAGCAAUGGAUUGGCUCUACAACUAUUUGGCGGAUGUUUGGAGCAACUGGUUGCCAAGGUCCACUCUAGACACCAUCCGGCAAGGCGGAUUUUAUACCACUUUAGUCCGAAAAGGCCUUCGAAUCAUCGCAAUGAACAACCAGGAUUGUUAUACAUUUAACUGGUGGAUUCUAUGGGAUCCUAACCAUCCCUCGACCCAACUUCAAUGGCUACAUGACGUUCUACUGCAUGCAGAACGAAAUAAUGAAAAAGUUCAUCUCCUUGCUCACAUCCCUUACAGCUCGUCGGGAUCACUUUUUUCACCUUGCCAGCGUGAGUUUCGUCGUGUUGUCGAACGUUUCUAUGACACAAUCAGUGCACAAUUCCACGGGCACACUCAUGGGGAUAAGUUCAAUGUAUUUUAUUCUCGUGAAAAUCCUCAAUACGCUAUCAACAUAGCUUGGAUCGGUGGCAGUGCCACUCCGUUCAGUUUCCUUAAUCCAAAUUAUAUAGUGUACUACGUUGAUCCAGAGACAUUCCAAGUGACCGAUUCCGAAUCGUACAUAUUUAAUCUCACGGAUGCAAAUCGCUUUCCCGAUCGUCGACCGGAGUGGAUAAAGCUGUACUCUUUCGCGACAGAUUUCAAUAUGCACAACCUGAGCCCGGCCGAGGCUGAUGUUACCGUUAAACGGUGGGGAACACCGUCCGGACGGGAUGAGCUUCGACGUUACUGGGAAUUCACUGUGAAAAUGGCAGAUCCCGAAUUGGAGUCGGGCUGCGAUGAUAAUUGCUUGCUAAACAAUCUCUGCGAUAUUGUUGUGGUGGAAAGGGGAGAUAGCGUAAAAUGUGAUGAAUUACGGGAAACUUUUUUUGACUAACGAAUGCGAUGUAAACAGGAAAAAUAAUUACGCUGUUAUUCAUAGAGUUCCAACUAAAUUUGAUUUGUUCCGAAUCUUACUUUUUUCGUUAUUAGAUUCUCAAAAACAACUAAACCAACGGAAACCACCUUACAUUCAAAUAAAAUUUACACGGCUACUGUUGAAUUUCUGUAUCGUUACC